AUGCCUGGCGUCAUGGACCCCAGCAUGACACUAGCCAAUGCGACGCAUAACACAUCUGUUAUCCUCCUCCACGAGCGCAUUGCAUACCCGGACUCCGAGCUUUUCAACCUGAAUCUCCCUAGUAAUUUCAGUGCCGAGAACUGCCUCAAUGCCGCCAUAGAGACAGCAAAUAUAACAACCAAGUACCUCGGGGGUUACCCGUCGGCUCGUGCUGUGCCACCGCAAAUGGGAAUAUGCGCUUUCGUCAGUGCCAGAACCCUGAUAGUUCACUCACAAUACUACAAUACGCCUUUAGCUAAGGAAUUCAAGCAUUUAAUGAACAAUUUGACAGACAUGUCCAAUCGAUGGGCUGGCCUUGAACAGGUAGAUCGAACAAGCAAAACUCCCAACUUUUUUGACCAGUUAUGCAACAGUCUGCAAAGUCAGCACCAACAUACCCAAACAGCAGUUACUGGCCAAAGCAUGCAAGCAUCCGUCUUGGAACUUGAAGUUGAAGGCCCUGUUCUCAGUUCGAGAAUCGACAGUCCCGGACCCUCCCGAAAUAAUCACGCCUCCACGAAGACCAAUCUGCCACCAACUGUCAAUAACCUGACACCCAGAAUGCAUCAUCCAAACCAACUGACCGACAGCCAAUGGCAUGCAGACUCACAAUCCUCAACUACAAUAUCCAAGGAUGAGUUAUUCACCAUAUCUCAAACUUUGAUGAACAACGACUUCCUUGGGCUUGAUCGUAUUGUUAGCUUUGAGGACAUGAUGUCGGUUGGAAAUAUGUCACAGUACUAUGGUACUAAUAGCUAG